AGAAUUAGGAGCUUCAGCUGAAGGAGUUAGGAACUCCAGUUUGAGGAGUUAGUUUUGUUCAUCUUCAGGGACCUCCUGAAGAAGAAGAAGAAGAAGAAGAAGAAGAAGAAAAGAAUCCAGUAAAGCCUUCGAUAGUAAUCGAUAUUAUCGGAGAACCAGCAAAAUCUUUAAAGCAGCACCCCACACUCCGAUACUCGAGCAGCCGGCGUGAGACCGGCCACGAGAUUGUGUCCCUGGCUAUGGACAAGCUCCCAAUAAUCCCUCGAAGUGGUAUUAUUCACAGCAACGCGGACCAUCAGAAGGAGCGCCAAGAGAGAGCAACGACGACGACGACGACGACGGUGGCGGCGGCGGCAGCGGUGGUAGUCGGUGGUGCGGAUGCACGAUGCAGCACGACAAGCGGCGCAAUCGCCGAUAACGCUGCCGCCGAUCGUCGAUUCCUUAUUGCAUCGGCGAGAGGAGAAGAAUACACUCGAAGGCGCUCGGGGAUUGUUGAUACGUCGCAGCCGAUCAGCAGCGCACGUAGCGAUCUCAUCGCACGUCGGAGACGUCGGGACGUUUUGGCCGCGAUCGCGCGACCACGUAGAAAUACAUGGCACGCGGAAAAUAAAGACGAUGCCGUCCGAGUGACGGAUCGCGACCCGAGCGAAUCGCCAAGGAUCGACGUUAUCGACGAUUAUACGGAGCGGGGCUGUGCUCUCGAUGCUACGGACUCGGCAGGAUUUUGGAACGUCAGGACUGCCGACGACGACCGCCGCACUUGUUGCGUCUCGAUCGACGCGGCCACGUUUCUCGCGCGGCGUGGACCAGCCCGCGACCGAAUAAUACGCGACCUUACCGUCGAACGGCGGAAUCGACGAGCUGGUAGUACCCUGCUGACUCGCAGCAGGUCCGUCGCGGGAGGUGAGGAGAUAUUCCGCAGCACGGUGAAUAGUAUUACGAUAGGAAGAGAAAAUCGGUUUUUCGAGACUCCGCUCGUCGGUACUACGGAUUUUCCCAAGUGCAAUGGACGUACCUUAUCCAGCAACACUUCAAGUAUCGUGCUCCAUGAAAACCUUCGGACCAGUGAUCCCGCCAGGCUGAUCGAAAUCGGUAUAGUCGAAUCCUCGUGCAGGGAGCAACCGUGCGUUCUCGCUGAGGAGAUUGUACGCCAAAGAGACACGUCGUCUACGGUGCGAUUUCCCGCGAAACUCGAUCCCGGUGGACGUGCGUGGCGGACCAAGACGGACACGCGCUGGAGAUUGCCGAGGAUCGGCCUCGUCCAGCGAACUCUUCUGCUGGGACUCGCGACGAGUCUGCUCUGCGACAUGGUGCUGUCCGCGCCAUCAUCAUCGUCAGUUCUCGAGGACGACGUCGAAGAGGAAGAGCUGGAAUGCAGCCUCGGCGACGACGAGCUGGAGAUCAUCAGAAGGAGUAUCGUGCAAGGCCUCGGGCUCCAGAGGAUACCUGAUCCUUCAAAGGCGAACGUGAGCCAGGCCGAGUACGAGAGAGCGCACAGAGAGUACCUGAAACAAGUGCAGCUGUCGCACGAUGGGCAGAAAUUUAGAACGCGACGGGACCUCCAUGUAUUCCAGGCUGCUGAGCAUCCGGGGAACAAAUCGAGCCUUGGCUUUAGCCUGAGAAGAGGGUACCAUCGUCACUCCCUGUACUUUCCCGUCGUGGUUUCCGGCGACGGAGAAGACGUCACGGUCGAUCACGCGUCCCUGAGAUUUCUUCUCCAAGGCGAUCACAGACGUCCACGCGAUCUCGAGGCGCUGGUCUAUCUCCGAACGCCGGCCUCUCGACGUCUCCUGCUGCGGCGCGAGAUCCCGCAGGGCGAGCCGACGGGUUCCCGGUGGAUGGAAUUGGACUCCACCGAGGCGGCUGCGAGCUGGCUCGAAUACGGUCUGGAGAACCACGGCCUCGAACUGGAAUUCCUUCACGACGGCCGACCGACACGGCGCGAGGUUUCCCAUGCAACGUUGAACGUGUUCACCACGUUGGAGCCUGGAAGUGGUAGAAGGAAGAGGUCCACUCCCGAGGAACUGAUGCCGCUGCACAAGGGCCGGCGCAGCCGGUGCAAGGGUGACAACAACAAGAAAUGCUGCCGGCACGAGUUGACGGUGAUGUUCAAGGACCUGAAGGGUUUCGAAUUCAUCGUAUACCCGAAGGGCUUCGACGCCGGCUACUGUAAGGGUCGUUGUCCGCCCCGGUACAAUCCAGCACAUCAUCACGCUCUGCUGCAGAGUCUGUUGUGGAAGGAGGACCGGAAAAGGGUACCUAAGCCGUGCUGCGCACCCAGCAAGCUCGACCAGCUGAUGAUCGUCUAUUUCGACGAGAAUCAGUCGACGCAGCUGAAGGUGUCCUACUGGAAGAACAUCCAGGUGUUGGAGUGCGCCUGCUCGUAAAAAAGAGGAGAGGAAAAGAGAGUGAAACAGUCUACCAUGGCCGAGGACUCACCAAAGAAUCGUCCGAAUUGCGGUUCGGUGAUGCCAUUCACAUU